AUGGUCGGUAUGAUGUGGUUUAAACGGGACCCCAAGGUCCCAGAGAAGGUGGAUAAGGUUGACAACGGGGUUGUCAACAAGCUCAGAAGGAAGAAACCCACGUUGCUCAAGCCGACGCGAGAGUCUAGUGAGCGGGAGACGUCAGCUGACAGUGACAAAGAGAAACGGAGAUACUCUGAUAUAUUAGAUAUGAAAGUAUCACUCGAGCGGCGUGAUGAAAGCGACGAAUCUUUAUACGAGUCGGCGGACUGUCACAGCGAUGCGAUAUCAGCCAGCGAUGACGCCUUGCCGAGGCUAAGUAAGACUCCCACUAUAAGCAAAGAAUCUCUAAAAUUGGCAAUAACAGAUGAGGAAGGUGAGGCCAGGACGAAGAAAGGUCACAGGAAAACUAUGUCGUUAUCGAAUCCCAUAGAAAUUGUCAAAAGUUUGGGUGAUGAGUGGUUCGACCACACAAAAAAAGAUGUGGAGAAAAAUUGUGAUAAAAAGAAAUCUAGAGAGAGUCUCUGGAGCGAAGAAGAUAGAGAUUCUAUUCACGGCUCCAGUAUGAAACUAGAUCAAAUCAGAAAAAAUAGUAAAAAAGAAGAUAAAGCAAACGAGAGCAGAAAGAGCAGUACCGCUGACGCGCCGAAACGGAAGAGUAGUAAAGGGUCUUCUGUAAGUGCUCUUAACUUUUUAAGAAGAAAGAAAACGCCAACUUCUAUGAAAGCGGUUGAAGCCGUAGUCGAAGUUGUAGACGGCAUUGUAAAUACUGACGAAAUAUUAAACUAUACUAAAUUCUUCUUAGAAGAAGAGAAGAGGCAUGCAUCGUUAUGUCAGAGCAAACCUCCGGUAGAGACCGACUCCGAUGAAGACAUGCCACCGCCUAAAGUAAUAGGGGAACACAGACGAAGAUUGAGUCGGCAAACCUCUAGAAGUAAAAGUAAAGUCAGAGGUAAAAGUCAAAGCGUUAAAGUAAAUACGUUGAGGAAAUCUCACAGUGGUACAUUGAAAAAGGGUAAGAAGAAGAGUGUGAAGACACCAGUAGUGGGCAGGAGUCGCCAGACCAGCAUCGUUGAACCGAGUCCGCUGGUCAAAAAGAAGAAUUCUGAUUCACCCAAGCAGAAUUCGUGGCUCUUCAGCGGCACUAGAGGAGAAUCGAGAAGAGAAGGAUCUACGGAAGAGCAGUCCGCUCCAGAUGUAGAUGUCGACACCAACGAUAACACGCUCAAGGAGCCUGAGAAGGAACAAAGUUGGAAAGGCGGCGCUAGAGGAGUCAACCGUGCGGAGAGUUGCAGGGAGCGGGACGCGCCGAGACGAGGCAAACAUCGCAACGCGUCCGAUCCCAACCGACUGACAGCACAUCCCAACCAUGACUUGGAACCAGGUGCAGCGACUGCGCCUUCAGGAAGCUCGAGUAGUUCGAGUUUGUCUUCGAGAAGCAACGAGAGUAAUACCGUCGCUGCUGAACAACAAGGAUCUCAAUCAGAUUGGUCUGAAGAGGAGGACCCUCUUGCAGCGCAGUGGUCGGAGAGCUUGCCACCGCAUAUACGGGACACUAUUAUAUUAUCAGCGCGCAUAAGGAAACGUCAGGAAGUCAUUCAUGAAUUGAUAGUCUCCGAGGGGUCUCAUGUGCGUUGGUUGAAGGUAUUAGGGGUCGAUUUCCUGAAACCCCUCGAAAGGCAACCUUCACUUCUACCCCCCGAGGAAUUACGUGCGUUGUUUCCAAACUUACCGGGAGUUAGAGAAAGACAUACAAAGUUGUAUGCAGACUUACGACAAGUUAGAAACGAAGCGAUAAAUCAUGUCGUGGAAAUAAGACCUAUAGCUGAUGUUAUGCUGAAUACGCUGGGUGAAGCCGGCUACGCGUCGUGCCUGUCCAAGUUCUGCAGCGGGCAGCGCAUGGCGCUGGACGCGCUGCGCGAGAGGCGGAAGAAGAACAAGGAGCUGCACCAGUUCCUGGCGGGGCGCGAGCAGCUGCCGCGCUGCGGCCGCCUGCAGCUGCGCGACCUGCUGGCCUGCGUGUGGCAGAGGCUGACCAAGUACCAGCUGCUGCUGGAGAGCAUCCUGAAGACGACGAGCGAGGAGGGCGCGGAGCCGGAGCCGGCGGAGGACGUGGCGGCGCUGCGGCGCGCGCUCGCCGUCGCCAAGGACGUGCUGCACUCCGUCGACACCGCCAUACGCACGCAGGAGAAUUAUCACAGAUUGUGCACAAUCCAAGACAAGAUAGAGGUGCGCAUCCCGAGCGGCGCGGACGGGUUCGAGGAGCUGCGGCGGCUGGAGCUGGCGGCGCACUCGCUGCGCCUCGAGGGCGAGCUCAACCUGCGCACCGACAACAAGAAGAUACGGGUUUUGGCGCUAAUGCUAGAAGACAGUCUCGUGUUGCUGCAGAAGGAGGGAGAGAAGUUUAUCCUGCGGCCGUUGGCGCAGCCGGGACAUAGUACUUACCUCACGCCUAUUAUUAAAUGGGACAAAGUCCUGUUUCGUCCGAACGCGGCGGUACGCAACACUUUCUUCCUCAUGAACAUCAACAGUGUGCAAAUGCACGAAUUGUCGGCCAACACCGCAGCAGAAUAUGCCACGUGGGUGAAGCACAUCCAGGAGGCGCCGCUGGUGCGGCUGGCGGAGGCCAAGUCGCUGACGCCGGCGCACGCGCACGCGCGCUCCGCCGACGACACCGCCGCUGUAAAUGUAUCAAGAAAUCCAUCGGACGCGUCAGAAAAGUCGACAUCUAGCGCGCCUCCCGACACUUGCGAGAGGGAGAGAGCGUCCACGGAGCGAGAGGAGAAUGAGAAGGAGCGGGAGAUGGAGAAGGAGAGAGAAAUAGAGAAGGAGAAAGAGGAAAGGGGGGAGAGAGCGGCAUCGGGGGAGAAGGAGAGUGAAGAAGAUAGCAUGAAGCAUAAGCCGCAGCAGCCGGCGGUGGGGCGCGUGUGCACGCACGCGGGCGCGGCGCCGGCGCCGGCCGCGCGCGCCGUGUGCCUGCGCGCCGCGCCCGUGCACACCGCCGUGCGCGCCUUCUCGCACCAGGAGCGUCUCCGUCGCCUGGACGAAGCGAUAUCGCGCGCGCUCAAGGCGAAGAGCGCGGUGGUCGCGGAGCUGCUGGGCGUGCCGCCGCACGCGUACGCGCACCUCGCCGAGCUGGCCGUGGCCGAGACGCUGGGGCAUGUCGACAUUUGCGGUGAGCUGAACGCGCCGCGCGAGAGCGAGCCCGCGCCCGACGUGCACCAGCUGCUGCUCGCGGCGCAGGCGCAAGCCAACCAGCUGACGGAGACGCUGAGCGCGGCGCUGGCGCUGCCGGAGGCGGGCGUGGCGGCGGCGCGCGCCGGCCGCUGCGACGCCUGCCGCCGCCGCGCCGCGACCGACGCGGAGGCCACGGACAAGACGCCGGAGCUGUGCGCGGAGACGCAGCUGUUGGAGAGCAGCGUGCUGAGCGCGCUGGCGCCCGCCGCCGACACGCCCGCGCCCGCGCCCGCGCCCGCGCCCGCGCCCGCGCCCGCGCCCGCGCCCGCGCCCGCGCCCGCGCCCGCGCCCGCGCCCGCGCCCGCGCCCGCGCCCGCGCCCGCGCCCGACCGCAACGGCGCGGCGCCGGAGCCCGCUCUUGGUUCCUAUUCGGGGUCGGGGGCGGGCGCCGCGUCGGCCGCGUCGCUGGCCGCGCGGCUGGCGGCGCCGCUGUGCGGGCUGCAGGCGGCGCUGGCCGCGCUGCUGGCCGCGCACUCGCCGCCGCCGGCCGCGCCGCCGGCCGUGCGCGCCGAGCUGGCGGCCGCGCGCGACCGCGCCGACGCGCUGCGGCGGAUGCUGUGCGACGCGCGGGCCGGGGGGGCAGAUUACCAAAUGACGGAGGAGAUUUUCCAAAAAGGAGUUGACCAAUCGAUACAGGAACAUCCGAGCAACGGGGGU